GCCAGUAAAUGGCUCUCAUGCGAGAACCUGAGAGAGAGAGAAGGAAGAUUACAGACGAAGGGAGAAAGACAUUCUCCUCUUGUUUGAUCGCUUUUUUCCCCAAUGUAUGUGAGGCUUGUCUCCAGGUUUUUUUCAGCGAUGGCUGGACCGAGGCCUGUGGUGAUGAGUGGACCGUCUGGAGCUGGCAAGAGCACUCUGCUGAAGAAGCUGCUCAAGGAGUUCGACGGCGUCUUUGGCUUCAGCGUUUCCCAUACGACGCGAAGCCCCCGUCCAGGAGAGGAGAACGGCAAAGACUAUCAUUACGUUAGCAGGGAAGUGAUGACGGCAGCCAUAGCAAAUGAUGAAUUUAUUGAAAAUGCUGAAUUUUCAGGGAACAUGUAUGGAACAAGUAAAGCAGCUGUACAGGCUGUUCAGGCAAAAAAUAAGAUUUGCAUUUUGGACAUUGACAUGCAGGGAGUGAAGAACAUCAAGAGAACUGAUCUCAACCCCAUCUAUGUGUCCAUCCAGCCUCCGUCAAUGGACAUCCUGGAAAAACGAUUAAGGGAUAGAAAAACUGAAUCUGAGGAAAGUUUACAAAAGCGUUUACAUGCAGCCAAAGUUGAUAUGGAAAUUAGCAAAGAGCCAGGUUUAUUUGAUGUGGUGAUCAUCAAUGAUGACCUCGACGCGGCGUACGGGAAAUUAAAAGACGCUGUUCUUGAGGAGAUCCAGAAGGUCAGAGAUGCCAAACACUCGUAGACGAGAGCACACCUGCUAAACACAGACCUGUCGGUUCACCUCCAGCUUCAGGAGAACGAUUUCAGACCUCUACAUUCCACCGA